AUGUGUAGAUCUGAUACAUGUAGCUCCACAAUUACAGUCACAUUGAAGAGGGCCACAGUGCCCAAAGAGGCAAACGCGCACGUGCGCACACAGAGAGUGUCUUUGUCUGCACGUCUAGCUCCAAGUGUGGCUAGUUUGGAAGGGACUAGUCUGGCAAGCUUUUUCGAGGCAAAGUCUUCUGCAAGGUUGGCGCGUGAUAGCUCGAGAGGAGGGAGAGGGAAUCAGAAGGAUGGAUACGAUGACCGGCAGCCUGAAUUCCAGAGCAAUGGCAAGGCGAACGGCACACCAACAAAAUACUUAGCAUCAGGCGCCCUCCCCUUCCCAGGUCACACUGUUACUGUACACAGAACAAGAGGAAGUCGAGUUGUGGAUGAGAGUCUAGCUGAGGAGUGGAUUGGCUAA